GUGUCUGGAGGUAGAGGAUAUUGACAGUCUCCCUGUGUCUGGGGAGAGGACGGUGACAGUCUCCCUGUGUCUGGAGGUAGAGGAUGGUGACAGUCUCCUUGUCUGGGGAGAGAGGUGUGGGAAGAUCACUGACAGCAUGGAUGAAAUUCUUGAAGAACUCAACCUGUCGUCACUGAAAAAGAACUUUCAGGACAACAAGGUUGAUCCUACAGACGUGCUGUCUUUGACUGAGGAGGACUUUAGAAGUCUUGGCGUGCAGACAAUUGGGGAAAGAGCACGAUUAAGACAGAGGUGCAAGAAUUUAGUUUCCGGUGAGUUGGAGAGGUCCAAAGUCUGCUGCAUCACGAUCGACAACCAGGCGACUACAUAUCGGUUGGAAACAUAAAUCUCGAAGCAUGUACAUCCUGGUUAGUGCAGGCAAGGGUGGCGGUUCUCAGACUUUUG